AUGGAAAACUUGUGGAAAAAAGAGUCUACUCCAAAAAGUCCAAUUUACAUGGAUAUUUUUGAUGGCAUUGAAUUGGUGCCGAUUCCAAAUGUCAAAUUUGGUUUGCAAAAAAAUGAUUUAAUAUCAACGCAAUUGCGUCACAAAGGUGAUCAAAAAUUCGGCGAAAAUUUAUGGAGCGAAGCAAUGGAAUAUUACAAUAAAAGUCUACGAUUUGCCAUCAAGGCGGAAAAUGCAAGUUUAGCGUAUGCAAACCGUGCCGCGUGUUUUCUACAUUUGAAGAUGUUUGAUAAAUGUCUUGCCGACAUUGAAAUGUCAAAGCGUGUUAAUUGUCCAUUGAAAGAGGUGAUGAUUAAAUUGGACAAAUGCAAAGCUGACUGUCUUAAAAGGAUGAGACGAAACUACCAGAAGGAGACACAUGAUCAAGCAGGAUUAAGCUACGAUUGCGAUGUAAACAUUCCAUGUCUGGCCGAUGUGUUGAAGAUACAGUACAACGAAAAAUUUGGACGGCACAUAGUAGCCAAGUGUGACAUUCCAGUUGGUAAGGUGAUUUUGGUUGAAAAUGCAUGCUUCUCAGCGACUUUGUCGGGACCUUUGACCGGUUGUACAACGUGCCAACGGUUACGGAUGAAUUUUAUUGCGUGUGAAAAUUGCACAAUUGCCAUGUUUUGUGAUGAAAUGUGCAAAGAAUCAGCUUUUCACAAGUACGAUUGUAAUGUUAUUUAUGAUCAUGACACAAUCAACAAUGGUCAAUUUCAAAUGAUGGCUCGAACGAUAUUCUUUGGAUUGGAGGCGUUUGGAAGUGUAUUCGAUGAAAUUGUUGAAGCCACCGAAGAACUCAAAGAGAAUUAUGUGCCCCAAACAAUGAUUGAUAUGCAAUCAAAAUAUCGACUAUUCCUAACACUGCCUACACCUACUCUCAAAGAAAUAGAAAAACACGAAUUGAUGUGCAAAGCGAAAAGUCUAUUCACAAUUUUGAUCAAGCUAACAACGGUGAAUGGUGUAUUUGACACAGUGGAAAAGCAACGAUUUCUCAUGCAUCUCGUGACCAAACACGUAAUUAUUACUAGUGAGAAUGCCAUCAAUGCCAAACAUAAUAAUAUUCAGCGCGUCGCAACACUUGGACUGAUUUUUCCAUUGUUUAAUCACGUAUGUGUACCGAAUCUAUUGAGUUAUUCAUCGAGCGAUCAACAAAUCUGUACGACAUUACGACCAGUGCAGGCGGGCCAACGGCUGUUUGUGUCAUAUACCCUUGACGAAGUUUCAACUAAGUUUGGAUUUCCUUGCACAUGUGAAAAAUGUGACCCAAAGCAUUCAACAUCUGAUGUCACCAAUUUACUAUCGGACCCAGGUUAUGCAUUUCUCCAACGAAAUCGCAAUAACAAUCUAUUGAAUCAAAAGAACAGACAGAAUAUCAAGAGAAAAUGCAUCGAUUUAUUGAAUAAGCAUGGACGUUUAUGGUUUCCAGAGCUCGAGUUCGUAUUGGAUGUGUACAUUAAAUGUGAAUUGCACGAAGAGAUUUGA